GCGGAGCCGCUUCCCGCACCCCGCCUUGCGCCGCCUCGCAGCUGAGGGCUUGGUGGUGGAGGGCCACCACCAUGGCGGCAAAGCAGCCCCCGCCACUGAUGAAGAAGCACAGCCAGACCGAUCUGGUGAGCAGGCUGAAGACGCGCAAGAUCCUGGGGGUCGGCGGGGAGGAUGAUGACGGCGAGGUCCAUCGCUCAAAGAUUAGCCAAGUACUGGGAAAUGAAAUCAAGUUUGCUGUCCGGGAACCUCUGGGGCUCAGGGUCUGGCAACUGGUUUCCGCCAUCAUGUUUUCUGGGGUCGCCAUCAUGGCCCUUGCUUUCCCUGACCAGCUCUAUGAUGCCGUCUUCGACGAGGAAUCGGUGAGCAGCAAGACUCCCAUCCGGCUCUAUGGAGGAGCCCUCCUCAGCAUCUCGCUCAUCAUGUGGAACGCCCUCUACACGGCCGAAAAAGUCAUUAUCCGCUGGACCCUGCUGACGGAGGCGUGCUACUUCGCCGUGCAGUUCCUGGUUACCACUGUCUCCCUGGUUGAGAGCAGCCGGAUAGCCACAGGUGCCGUGCUCCUCCUGGUCAGCCGAGCCCUCUUCAUCCUCAUCAGCAUUUAUUAUUAUUACCAAGUUGGACGCCGUCCCAAGAAACUCUAAUUCCUGUGCUUUUUGUCAUGGGAAGGGUGGGGUGGGGGGGGUUUGUGUCGGUAAUUUUGCAUUAUAAUUAUAACUUUUUUUUU